GGAGUUUAAGUCGACCGACUGGAUUGCAUGGCUGAGAGUGUAUGGGACCUUCGCCGUGGGAAAAUAUUAAUAAGUGGACGUAACGUUGAGGGAAAACAGCCAAGACACGUUGAAUACCUAAUAUGAGGUCUCAUUUCAUUCGGGCUUUUGCUUUAUUUUGCGAAAGUUGCCUGUAACUCGGUUACAAGGGGCUCGAGGGAAUAUUAAUAUUUACAUAACCGCGCUGAUUUCGGGUUUGCGCGUCUUACUCCGUAUUGACUUCAACUGGAAGGCUGCGCGCAUUGAGAUUCAAGUCAACUCACAGGUCAACUUGCUUUAAAGGCGAGAUAUAAAACAUGUACAGUAUUGUUGAUUAUUUUGGAUAAUUCUGGAAAACAAGUUAUACAACAGGGAAGUGUACUUUGCGUUGCGUCCUGGUCCUAAAGCCAGUCGUGUAUUCGGCUGUUGCGCGGAUAACCAGCGCUUGCCCCAAUGCUUCAACUGUGGUCGUGUUCCAAAUCAUUAGACGUGAUGAUGGAAAGUGUUUUGUUAGAGCAAGGCUAACUAUUUUUUUCCCGGAUAUAAUCCUGAAUCAUUUGAACACGCAUACAUAUUGACUUUAUUGGAUAAUUUGUCGUUUUUACGCUUCUGAAAGCAGUUUAUUCUUUGGAGUGUGAAGUAGAGCGACGCGAAGGAGGUCUGUAUCGUAGCAGCACAGCAUACUACAAACGUCUGAAGGGACUUGAGUGGAGUAAUGGUGGUAAAUACGGUCCACUGGUUCAGGAAGGGCUUGCGGCUCCACGACAAUCCUUCACUCAGAGACUCCAUCCAGGAAGCGCACACUGUCCGCUGUGUGUACAUCCUGGACCCCUGGUUCGCCGGAUCCUCGAACGUCGGGAUCAGCAGGUGGAGGUUUUUACUGCAGUGUUUGGAAGACUUGGACGCCAGCCUCCGCAAACUCAACUCACGACUCUUCGUUAUCCGUGGCCAACCCACCGAUGUCUUCCCCAGGCUGUUUAAGGAGUGGAACAUAACACGUCUGUCCUACGAGUAUGACUCAGAGCCAUUUGGAAAGGAGCGAGAUGCAGCAAUCAAGAAGCUGGCCAAUGAGGCAGGUGUGGAGGUGAUAGUUCGCAUCUCUCACACGCUCUAUGAUCUGGACAAGAUCAUCGAGCUGAAUGGAGGCCAGUCUCCGCUCACGUACAAGUGCUUCCAGACCCUCAUCAGCAGGAUGGAGGCGGUGGAGACCCCGGCAGAGACCAUCACAGCUGAAGUCAUGGGGCCAUGCACCACGCCGGUCUCUGAAGACCACGAUGAGAAGUUCGGGGUUCCUUCUUUGGAAGAGCUUGGCUUUGACACAGAAGGCCUGUCCUCAGCUGUGUGGCCUGGAGGAGAAACAGAGGCCCUCACUCGUCUGGAGAGGCACCUGGAGAGGAAGGCUUGGGUGGCCAACUUUGAGCGUCCAAGAAUGAAUGCCAAUUCGCUGUUGGCCAGUCCCACUGGCCUCAGUCCAUAUUUAAGAUUCGGUUGCCUCUCCUGUCAACUCUUCUACUUCAAACUCACAGACCUCUACAGAAAGGUCAAAAAGAACAGCUCACCUCCUCUGUCCCUCUAUGGCCAAUUACUGUGGCGUGAAUUCUUUUACACGGCUGCCACCAACAACCCACGCUUUGACAAGAUGGAAGGCAAUCCAAUUUGCGUGCAGAUCCCGUGGGACAAAAACCCAGAGGCUUUGGCCAAGUGGGCAGAGGGCAGGACGGGUUUCCCCUGGAUCGAUGCCAUCAUGACUCAACUGAGACAAGAGGGCUGGAUCCACCAUCUAGCCCGGCACGCAGUUGCUUGUUUCCUCACCCGCGGAGACCUGUGGAUCAGCUGGGAGGAGGGCAUGAAAGUCUUUGAGGAGUUGUUGCUGGAUGCAGACUGGAGCAUGAAUGCAGGAAGCUGGAUGUGGCUGUCCUGUAGCUCCUUCUUCCAGCAGUUCUUCCACUGCUACUGUCCCAUGGGCUUCGCUUUCCAAAUCUCCGCAGAUGUGCUGAAGCGUUAUUUGCCAGUGUUAAGGGGUUUCCCAGCCAAGUAUAUCUACGACCCCUGGAAUGCUCCUGAAAGCGUUCAGAAAGCAGCCAAAUGUAUAAUUGGAGUACACUACCCCAAACCCAUGGUGCAUCACGCAGAGGCAAGCCGCCUCAAUAUAGAGCGUAUGAAACAGAUCUACCAGCAACUGUCCUGCUACCGUGGCCUGGGACUGCUGGCAAUGGUGCCGUCCAACCCUAAUGGAAAUGGUGAGAAUUCCACAACCUUAAAGGGAUUCCAAACAGGAGAUGUGACCAAGGAAGUCACUGCACCUUCAGACUAUCAGAUGCCUCCCACCUCUCAAGGUGAAUGGCAUAGCAGGACGAUGGUUUACUCACAAGGAGACCACCAAACAAGCAGCAACAUGCCACCGCAAGGUUUUGCAAGCAUCAGUAGUAGCACAAUGUGCUACAGGCAAGAUUCACAGCAGAUACCUGGUCCUGCUGUACAGCCAGGACGAGGGCUACACAGCAGCACCCUCCAGAUGUCAGGAAAACGACACAGCGAGGAGUCUAGUCCUGCCACAUGCUCAAAAGUCCAGAGGCAGAGCAGCUCUUAAUAGAAACAUCAGAAAUGGUCGAUGCAAAGCGGUCAGCACGACUUCGCAGAGGCCUGAUUUUUUUUUGUUUGCACCUUUUUCGAGUUGUUACGUUGUGCAUUUUUUACAGAACCAAAAUCCCACUGACGGGAGCGACUGAAGGGAGUGCAUGAUUCUCUCUAUAAGCACAUCAACACAUAGCACUUCGAAACAAUCAAGACUGUACAUUAUCACAGGGACUUCACCCAAGCGGUCACCAACAUCCUGAUAACAUUGGAAUUAUGUUGCGGCUCUGUGAUCUGCACAGCUGCAAUGUUCUGUCAACGUUGCGUUCAUGUUUGGACUGUUUGGGACUAAAUUUUUGUGUAUAUAAGGAUUUGACAAAUACUUUAGAUACAAAAUGUAAAUAUUUAAUAUUGUAUGUGCUUUCUCUAUUUCAUGUAGUUAUAGGCCCAUUGAUAUAUUUUUUUAUAUAAAUAAUUAUUGUGGAUCAAUUUUACUCUGUUCUUUAUGAAAACAUUUUAAAGCAUUUGUAGGCUGUUCAUGCAGUACACUGCUAAGCCUCUCCUGCUUGCGUGCACUACGUUUUUUUUUUUAUCUUGAUCUCUCCUUUGCUUGCUUGUUCUCUUUCUGUCUCUACCACAAAUGUUUGUGAUCUCUCUCUUUUCAGAUUGACAUCUGUCUUGUACACCUUCUCAGUCCCUGUUUACUCCUCCUCUCUAUCUGGGUGUCUCUCCAUUGCUGUUAACUAUAUGAAACUAUAAGUCACCACAAUGUUUCUCAUCCUCUCACAUUGUGCUUGUUUAAUAAAGUGUAAAUGUAAA